AAUACUAACCGGACACUAAAGGGUCUGAUCUCUGCUAUCUUCACGUAAAGUCAUGUGAUCAAAGCACACAUCUCUUCGCUUUCGCUUUCUAUUUCCGGCUGUUGUAAAACCUGAGCGGAAUUUUUGCUUCAGUCUUCGAAAGGAGUUACGUUGAACACUUCCAGAAACGUUCGACAAUCAAGCUUUGCAUGGCUGCUGCUCAAGAAUACACCAACGAACAACUGAAUUAUUUCCGGGUCUGCUACCUCACCACUGAUAUCAUUGCUGAGGGUCUGCGAGCAAUCUUUAAACAGGAAUGGGAUGGUCGUUACAAGACAACGUUAGGUGAGUGGAAAGACGAGCCACAAAGUGGUCUGCACUUCAAGAACAGUGAAUCUCCGCUUAAGCAAAGGGAAAAAAACCGUCUACUGGCCACCAUGGUCAACGGAAACCGAGCUGAAUGGGAUUGCACCAUGCUGUUUUACGCCAUCCUUUUCUCCGAUUGUAUUGGGAAUGGGCUGAAUCCAACUAUACGAUCAAAAGUGGAUGAUCUAAGAAAGUUCCGUAACGAAGAUUUUGCACACAUGCCACAUGGCAAUCUCACAGAUGCAGAGUUUCAAAAUGCAAUCAAUAAAGUUGACGUGGCCUUCCAAGCUCUUGGCCUCUCCACGGACCAAAUUGAAGAGAUUCAAAAUCAGACAAGCUUCCCCACCGACGAAUUGAAGAAUGUGUUGAAAAGGGUUGAGGACCUAAAACAGGAACUAGAGGUGCUCGAAGCUCAACUAAACAAAGAUAUUUCUGCCUUCUGCGUCCUCCCGCCAAAACCUACUCACGAAGUUGCAGAUCGUGAUCUUGAGGUGGCUAAAAUUGUAAAGCAUUUGAAAGACCUCAGAGAGGCCAAUAAGAACAGAUUGAGUUACUUGUACAUCUCUGGCAAUCCAGGAAGUGGCAAAUCUCAGUUAGCUGGUCUCGUAUCGAAAAGAGUCUUCGAUCAAGUUAAUGAAAUCCCACAUUCUACAUCCUUUGUAAUGACAGUAAAUGCUGAAAGCCCAAAGACUUUUUUAGAAUCGUAUGUCUCCUUUGCCCGGAAGCUUAAGUGCCCAGAAUAUGUCAUUUCCAAUACGCUUAACUCUCCCGAUUUGAGCUCAGACGAGAAGAUUUCUCACUUGAAGACUUUAAUGGGCACAAAAAUCGAGCUCUACACUUCUUGGCUUCUAGUUGUUGAUAACGUCAGAAGCAUCUCUAACAUUUAUGCUCAUUUGCCAGAGUCUGGAGAUGAACAGUGGGCGAGGGGUCAGUUGCUGAUCACGACACAAGACAUCGCUUCUGUUCCGUCAACGAGUUGUUUUAUUUAUCACGUCUCCGUCAGCAAAGGUAUGGAGCUCCAAGAUGCGAGGUCCCUUCUAGAAAAGCUUUCUGGUAUCUCAGAUUGUGAGACAGACAAAGUUGCUCUAGUAUUGGACUACCAGCCACUUGCCCUAGCAAUUGCCGCGACCUAUGUCAGGGAGGCUCAGCAGAAUAACGCAAAUUUUGGAUGGAAGAAUUACCUACAAAGACUCGAUAAAGGCCAAGGAGUUGCAACUGCAAGAAUUUUUGUAGAAACGAACCCAACUUACCCAAAAUCCAUGAAUGAGGUAUCAGAGAUAGCUGUUGAAGAGGCGAUGAAGUCCAGUAACGCUGUACUCAAACACACUCUUACGUUGCUGUCCUUCUGUGCAGCACAGCCAUUGAGUCUUGAGAUAGUAGUCAAUUACAUUCGCAACGUUGAGAUAGAUAUGCAGGAUGAAGAUGACAUUAGGAUGAAGAUUCGAAGAUGCCCUCUGUUCCUGUUCGACGAAAAUGAGAGUCGUGAGUAUAUUAGAGUACAUCAGGUUACACACGAUGCCAUCAGCAAUGUUCUUGGGGGACAUACUCAGGGACGUGAAAUAAUAGUUUUGAAAGCAAUCGUUAAGUCACUAUUCCAGUUUGUGAAAGAGUAUAAACUAAAUGAUCCUGAUGACUUGAAUUCAGUUGUUAAAGGUACGCGUAUCGUACCUCAUUUACAAAUGUUGGUAAGAACAAUUAGACAGAAGUAUUCGAAGAAAAAUGCAUCUGAAGUUGCAGAAAACGAUAGCGUCCAUACGUCUACUAUGUUGCACUUUAAUACACUUGCCAUAACGUGUGUUAGAUAUUGCGCGCACGUCGAGGCAAAAGAAUAUUAUCAGCUGUUGGGAUCCAUUAUGGUAAACAAUCUCGGACCUGAGCAUGUUGAUGUCGCAAGAAUGGACAACAACCUGGGAAUUGUGCACCUUGACCUGGAUGAGCUGGAUCAGGCGAAAGUGUUUUAUGAUCGUGCAGUACCCGCUCUUCUAGAAGAACUCGGACCUGAGAAUGUUGAUGUCGCAAGCACUUACCAAAACCUGGGAAAUGUGCACCUCAAGUUGGGUGAACUGAGUCAGGCAAAAGAAUGUUAUGACCGUACACUGGCCAUUCGUCUGAAAAAACUCGGACCUGAGCAUGUCGAUGUCGCAAAAGCGUACCAAAGCCUGGGAAAUUUGUACCUUCACCUGGGUGAACUGAGUCUGACAAAACAGUUUUAUGAUCGCGCGCUAGCUAUUCUUCUGAAAAGACUCGGACCAGAGCAUGUCGAUAUCACCAGCACGUACCAAAACCUGGGGAUUGUACACCGCAACCUGGGUGAACUGAGUCAGGCAAAAGAGUUUUAUGAUCGCGCACUGGCCAUUCGUCUAAAAAAACUGGGACCUGAUCAUGUCGAUGUCGCAAAAACGUGCUGCCAUCUGGGAAAAAUGCACUUUGACUUAGGUGAACUGAGUCGGGCAAAGGAGUUUUAUGAUCGCGCAUUGGCCAUUCUUCUGAAAAAACUCGGACCUGAGCAUGUCGAUGUCGCAAUCAUUUACGAAAACCUAGGAAAUAUACAGCUUAACCUGGGUGAACUAAGUCAUGCAAAAGAGUUUUAUGAUCGAGCACUGGCCCUUCGUCUGAAAAAACUCGGACCUGAGCAUGUUGAUGUCGCGAAAACGUACAUCAACCUGGGGAAUAUGCACCUUGACCUGGGUGAACUGAAUCAGGCAAAAGAGUUUUAUGAUCGCGCACUGGCCAUUCUUCUGAAGAAACUCGGACCUGAUCAUGUUGAUGUUGCAAACACUUACAGCAAUCUGGGAAAUUUUCACCUUGACCUGGGUGAACUGAGUAAGGCGAGAGAGUUUUAUGAUCGCGCACUGGCCAUUCUUCUUAAGAAACUCGGACCUGAUCAUGUUGAUGUUGCAAAAACUUACAGCAAUCUGGGAAAUUUUCACCUUGACCUGGGUGAAUUGAGUAAGGCGAGAGAGUUUUAUGAUCGCGCACUGGCCAUUCUUCUGAAAAAGCUCGGACCUGGCCAUGUCGAUGUCGCAAGCACGUACGAAAACCUGGGAAAUGUGCAUCUCAAACUGGGUGAACUGGUUCAGGCAAAAGAGUUUCAUGAUCGCGCACUGGCCAUUCGUCUGAAAAAACUUGGACCUGAGCAUGUUGAUAUCGCUCGAAUGUACAAUCACCUGGGAAAUGUGCACCUCAACUUGGGUGAACUGAGUCAGGCAAAAGAUUUUAACGAUCGCGCACUGGCCUUUCGUCUGAAAAAACUUGGACCUGAGCAUGUCGAUGUCGCAAGCACGUACCAAAACCUGGGUAAUGUGCAUCUCAAACUGGGUGAACUGAGUCAGGCAAAGGAGUUUUAUGGUCGCGCACUGGCCAUUCUUCUGAAAAAACUCGGACCUGAUCAUGUUGAUGUCGCAAAAACUUACAAAAAUAUGGGAAAUGUUCACCUUUGCCUGGGUGAACUGAGUAACGCGAAAGAGUUUUAUGAUCGCGCAGUGGCAAUUCUUCUGAAAAAACUCGGACCUGAUAAUGUCGAUGUCGCAAAUGCGUACGAAUACUUGGGAAAUAUGCACUGCACCCAUGGUGAACUGAGUCAGGCAAAAGAGUUUUGUGAUCGCGCAAUGGCCAUUCUUCUGAAAAAACUCUGA